AUAACGACGACGACGUUUUGAUUCCAUCCAUCCCGAAAGACGCACGCACAGCAAGCAACGGUAAUGACGAAGCGUUGGCGUUGCAACGCGAAAGAGGAGGAGGCUCUUCUGAUCCAAUGCGUGUUACCGUAUCUAACCCCGUCAGAACUCGCCGACCUGCAAAUCCCUCCACAAAGAUUGGUGAACUCGCAGGGUGGCUUCUCUUCUGCUCUUUUGGUUGUGAGGGAACAUCUUCCUUCUGGAAAGGCAUGUCUGAGAACAGGAAAUGUUGCACGGUUUGUAAAUCAUUCAUGUGACGGUGGUAACUUGAGCACAAAGCUAGUUAGAAGUUCAGGAUCUUUGUUCCCCCGCCUCUGCUUCUUUGCUUCAAAACAUAUCCAAGUAGAUGACGAACUUACUUUUAGCUAUGGAGAAAUCAGGAAAAGGCCUAAUGGGUUGCCAUGCUUUUGCAACAGCCCUUCUUGCUUUGGAACCUCGCCCUCUCAAGACACUUGAGAGUUGAGAUACAUAGCUAUUUUAAAGAUGUAUUCUGUGUUAAUUGUCAAAGGAAUCUUGAUUUUGGGAAAGAGUAGUUAAUUGGUCUUGAAGGGCAUUGCAAAUAUCCUUGUCACAGGUGAGUUUUUAGUUAACACCACCAAUAUCUGUGUGUGGUGUGUAAUGAUUGCGUGAUCACAACUAAUUUAUUUAUCCUUAUGAAAAGUAAAACUUGGCAGGAUACGUGUUAUCAUUUCCUUAACAUAUUUUUCACCCAUUUUCCUAUGGCUCUGAUUUGUGUUUCUCCUACCUCUUUUAGCCCCCCCUUUUUUUCUUCUAAGAAUUCAUCGUUCAUUUCCAAUUUCAAUCAAUCCACCCUCUUUCUCUCUUUUCACGUCUCCCUCUCUGGUCUGGUCUCUGGCAACUCCCGGAUGGUCAACGUUGUCGCCGACCACCACAAUGAUCAAAUGUCGUUCUUAUUCUUUCUUUGUUCCUUUUUUUCUAUAUUUUUAUUAUUUGAUUUUGUUGGGAUUUUGGGUUUUACUUUUGAUUUUUCAAGUAAAAGAAUAAUCUUGAUAGGGUGGUUUUGGGCUACUUCACGGAACAUUAACUCACGAAUUGCGAAUGUUGUUGUCCACCACCACAGUGAGAUGAAUCAUUCUUCUUCUUUCU